UCACUUGCACUCCGAACUCUGCAUUAAACAAAUUUUUUUUUUUUGCAAACUACUACUAUUGAUUCAGUUAUCAAAAUGCUUCGUCCGAGAAAUUUCUUCAUCUCUUCAGCCUCCGCAUUCUUCCGUCACCGUCACGGCCACCUUCUUCCUUCACAGCAACGAUGGAUCUCCUCCACGUCGCAGCUCCAUUUCUCGUGGAUGGACAAGAUCAAAGGGGUCUUCACCGGCCAAAAGACUUCACCCGAUACCACCUCCACCUCUUCAGAGUCCUUCACUCUCCUCCGGUUUGCGGAUGAGUUGAGCAAAGCUAGGAAGGUAGGGGCAUUCAAGCAGUAUAUAGUGGGGCGAAGUAGUGAAGCUACUUUUUCAGACGCUUUUGAAAAGCAGGAAGCUAUAAUUCGUUAUCUAGGGGGUUUUGACGCUACUGGAGAGAAUCUCCUAACAAGCCAAAAGCAAGAGGCUGCAAAGCACUGUAAUUGCACAAUAGCAGAUGUUGAAAAUGCACUGGCAAAGUUUACAUGGGCUAAAGAAGCACAGAGAAAAAUUGAGAAGUUAAAGGAAGAGGGUAAACCAAUGCCGAAGAGUUUGGAUGAGGUCCAGAAGUUGAUGGGAUCAACCCCAAUGGAUGUUGCUCGGUCAAACUUGGCUAAGAGUGGGCAAAUAAGUAGGAAUGCACCUUGUCCUUGUGGGUCCAAAAAGUUAUACAAAAGGUAAAGGAGGGAAAGAUCUACUUGAUGCAAGUUUUGCAAGACAUUUUCAGUUGAGGCAAGGGGCAUAAUCCAAGUAUACGUAUCUAGUUUACUUGAAUUGUUUCCUGGGGGAAGUUCCUUGAACAAUUCAAUUGCCGAACCCCGAACUUGAUAGCAGUGUGUGAAGUUUAGCUUAUUGUAUCUUACUUUCUUUCCUAACAAGAUUUGAUAAAUUCCAACUUUCUCCUAAUGUCCAAAACGUGAAGUCGGUGUGAUCAAUUAUAUCAUUUAUUUUUUAACUUCAUUACAACCCAAAAACACUAUCUCUAGUUUACUUGAGAUGUUUCCUGCAGGAAGUUCCUUAAACAAUUUUAUAGUUGUCCAUAUAAAAAAUGGCCAAAACCUGAACUAGAGCAGCUUGUGAACUUUAGCUUACUGUAUUUCAUAUCCUCACAAGUUUCCAUUAAUUCCAACUUUCUCUAAAUAUCACAAUGGAAGUUGUUGUGAUCAAUUAUACCAUCUAUUUUAACCUUUUUUACAACUGAAGGACACUAUCUUGUGGUGUGAUGUUGGCAUUAUCGCAUAGAAAAUGUUCACUGGUAUUCCCAUUAGUCUCUGUAGUUAGGAGCACUGUUUCACCUUAACGAAUGUUCACAAACUUUUUAUUUUGUUAUUUCAAGGCUUAUCUCUCAUGU